UUGGGCGGCGGCUCUAGGUGGCGCGUCUUGGUUUGCGGAAUGGGCUGGAGUCGCUGCUUCUCGGUGACCGGCGCGUGGCCCGGCCAAUCCUGCCGCCGCCACCCACCCGCAACCGCGUCCGUUGACGGGCGGGUCCUUGGUCGCCGGCUCCUUGCGGGGCACCACGGAGCGGGGUGACGUCCGCUCCUUCGAGUCCCCGGUGCCAGGGAAUUCACCGCUCACCACCCCCUGCCCCGCCUUGGGUCCUGCUCGGGGACCAAACCACUGGAGAGCAGUGGCGGGAAACGGGCGCCUGUGCCGGAGGUCCUGAUGAGGGGGGUCCAAGGCUUGGGGACUUGUGCGGGAAAUGUGGGUUUAAGUGCCUUCAAGGUGUUUUUAGUCCAUUGGGAAGUUGAUCAGCGUUCAUACCUGGCGCUGAUGCAGGUCACCGGGAAGGGAAUGUGUGGGUUUAUGGCCACGCAUAAUCUCUUUUAGUCGUGUUUAACUUAGCAGGGUAGCUCUCCAUCCUGGCUGGGUUUUGUUUUUUGUUUUUAUUUUUUAUUUUACAGAGUUUUUCUCAGUGUGUAAUGUUUGUUUUUAAAUCCCAGAUAAUCCUGAUGUAAACCAUUGACAUAGCCAGAAAAUCACCAGGCUGUGAUUUUCCAAACUCAGCUUCAUAACCUAUUCUGUAGUUGAGGGAACAUGAGCCAUUUGCAGAGCUUAUUGUUAGACACCCUCUUGGGAACCAAGCAUGUGGACAGUGCAGCCCUCAUCAAAAUCCAGGAGCGGAGCUUGUGUGUAGCAUCACCAGGUUUCAAUGUAACGCCCAGUGAUGUCCAAACACUGGUGAAUGGAUUUGCCAAGAACCCUUUGCAAGCCCGAAGAGAAGGACUGUAUUUCAAGGGAAAAGAUUACAGAUGUGUCCGGGCAGAUGAAUAUUCUCUUUAUGCCAAAAAUGAGAACACUGGUGUGGUUGUCGUGAAGACCCAUCUGUAUCUUCUGGUGGCAACUUACACUGAGGGCAUGUAUCCUAGCAUCUGUGUGGAAGCCACAGAGAGCCUGGGAGACUACCUAAGAAAAAAAGGAAGUUAAGUCAUCAGAGGCCCAUGAAAGACACUUAUUAUUUUAGAAGAAAAUUGAAGAGCCUAAAGAAAAAAUAUUUUAUGGUUGAAAAAACACUAGACAGAAGGCACUAAAAAAGAAGAAUGAAUUAAGGGAGCAAUUUUUAUUACUUCCAGAGAUCCUCUUCUUUCACUGGAAUUACUUGAUCAACUGUUUUUUAAUAAGUGUUGGUCAUCGGCAUGGAAUGAGAGAGCACUGAUCAUUUCACAGAGCAUAUCUAUUGGGAGGCUCCUUUCUGUGAGGCUCUUGUACUCCUACACACCUUGCUAAGUACGCCAAGAAUGCAAGGCUCUCACCACUCUUUAUCCAAGACAUUUCUCAGGGUUAGGUUGCAGCAAGCAACCUUGAAAAAUGAAGGGAUGUCUCCCAUCAGGACAGAGAGCAAGCUUGCUUACUGUUUGCUAUAAAAGCAGUGGAGUCCCUGAGCUCAGUGUUACCCCUCCUGUAAUACAACUCCCUGCAUGUGUGACAUCUAUCUGGCUCACAUCACCCCUGUGAGACUUGGGAGAAGGGAUUGCAAAGGCCAUUCAACAAUGGACCACUAGUCAAGGUAUUCAAUGGACAUUUCACACUCCCAUUUGCAGGUAUCUGGUAUCAUUUUGAACAUUGGAAAGGCCUUCUCAAAAAUCAACUCAAAAAGA